CUAUCUCAACCUCCCUUCCCGGCCCACCCCCGCCUCCUCCUUUAUUUGGUUCUCCCCCCUCCCGAUAUGCGUGUCCUUGUCGGCGACGAGGCCGGCUUUGUCCGGACGGCCAGCAUCGAGCAGCAGACCGUCACCCAGCGCUGGGGCGAGGCUGUCGACCGGGCAAACUAUGUGGACCAGGUCCGGCUUCUGGAUGACGUCCAUGACCCGCUGUCGCGGACGGCCGAGCGCUACGCGGCCGUGGCGCGCCGGGUGUCCGGCGUCAUCCAGCUGCACGACACCCGGAACGGGUCGAUCGUGUGCGAGUGGUCCGACGAGGAGGGCCACCGGCUGCCGGAGGGGACCGACCCCUCCCGGGCGCACAUGAACGCGCCGGCCUUUGUCGGGCUCGAGAUCAACCGCCACCACCUGCUGUCGGCCAAUGAGAAUGGUCGAGUGAUCUUCCGGUCGCUGGAUGGCGUUGAGCUGCUGGAUCCCCUGCCGGAGGGCAUCGACGCCGAGUCGCACACGCGGCCUUACGAGUCCGUCGGUGAUAUGGAAAUCAUUUUUGACGGCGCCGGGCCGAACCUGUGCACCAUGCGUGGUCUUCAGUCGGACCUGACCACCUUCCUGACUGGUGGUCGGAACAACGACCUGAAGCUCUGGCAUUUGACCCCCUCCGGGGAGGUGGUCUCCAAGUGGGCUGCCAAGAACGUGCGCCCGGACAAGUUCGACCUGCACGUGCCGAUCUUUGUGCGCGACGCGCGCUUCCUCGACGAGUCCGGCCACAAGAUCGCCACCAUCACUGGCCACUCGCAGGUCCGGGUGUAUGAUACCCGUGUUCAGCGGCGCCCGGUGCAGGACAUCACCCUUGGCGAGCUGCCGCUCACUUCGUUCGAUGUGACGCCCGAUGGCUCCCAUGCGUUCAUCGGCAACUCCAUCGGAAUUGUCACCAAGCUGGAUAUGCGCAAAAUGGUCCCCUGUGGUACCCUGAAGGGCUUUGCCGGCUCCGUCCGGUCCAUUGAGUGCCACCGUUCGUUGCCGUACGUGGCGUGCGCCGGCCUGGACCGCUUUGUGCAUGUGCACAACACCGACACCCGGAAGGAGGUGAUCAAGGUGUACGCCAUGCAGCGGUCCACCAGCGUGGCCUUCUCCAAGGAGCGCGUGGUGGCCAUCAAGAAGAAGGCCGGCGCGAAGGCCGGCGCAAAGGCCGCCGUCGCUGCUGAUGACAGUGACAAUGAGGAGGAGUUCCUCGGGAGCGAUGAGGACGAGGAGCCGGAGCAGCUUGCCUCUGCCGAGAAGGCCGGCACGUCGACCAAGCGCACGCGGAAGCCCGCCGCCGAGGUCGACGAGCAGGACGAGGACGAGGAGGCCGACGAUGUGUGGAAGGCCAUCCCCAAGAAGCUGAAGAAGACCCGCGCGGCUGCCUCCACGUAGACAUCGAGCCACCACCAUGGGCUCCUUGUGCUUUUGGGGAGCGGCCAUGGGGCCGUCAUCUUCCUCGCUUCUCUCCUCCGGCCGUCGGGGCCCCUUCCCUCCCUUUCUCUCUCUCUCUC